AUGGAGGUAGCACAGGUUAAGGCCUUGCUCCUCAGACUCUGCUUUGGCAGGCAUCCACCGGAUCCUCAAUCCCUGAAGAUUAACAUUGACGGAGCCUUCACCCCUGCGUCUUUUGAAGGAUCGGUGGCUUCUAUUACCCGUGACCAUUACGGUCGGAUUGUUGAUGGAUUUACCAGCCGAGUCAAUGCCUCUUUGGCUCUGCAAACGGAGACUCAAGCCCUUAAUCUCACUCUCCGAAACUUAUUGCAGAAAGGGCAAGCAACUCAACCACUUACCUUGGAAUCGGAUUGUCAAAUUCUUGUAGAUGCUGUGAACAACCUAUGCUCAACGCCAUGGGAGAUUCGAGCGUUGCUCAACGAGGUUGCGACGUUGAUCCCUGCUAUCCCUAAUCUGCGUAUUACGUAUUGCAGGAGAGAAGCGAAUGAGGCCGCCAAUUGGACUGCCAGAGCCCAUAACUCCGAAAGCCUUCCUCCAAGCUGGCCCACUACUAUUCCCCCUCUUUUUGGAUAUUUUAUGUAUUGA